UGGAUGGGUGAGAAGCUGCCAGAAAAUAUCCCGUGCCUUCCACUUCUUUCCUGUCUAACCUAGAACUAGAAACAGAGCCUCGCCGCCGACAUGGUAUCAGAGCACGCGGCGGCGCUGUCCGGCGGCACGGAGGAUUGAAGGAUCCGGGCCUCUGGGGUGCUGUGGGCGAAGACGCUGGUGUGGGAGGUGGCUGCAGCUUCUCCAGGAGUCCAACCUGCUAAGGGCUUGGAGGAGCUACGGAUCCAGGAGUCCAGACUGCGGUUCUCCAAUCAAGGUUAGGUGCCUCUAGUUGCUUGGGGAGGCUGAGAUUUGAGGGGAAGAUAGGGUUGUGAUUGUGGAUUUAGGAAGGCUGAGACUUUAGAAGAAGUCAGAGUUUCAGCUGUGGAUUGGGGUCUGAGUUGUGUGACAAUUUGGGUGCUGAUUGACGACGGCCUGAGGUGCUUGUUACCCUGAAGGGCGGUGUUGGAAGAUGGGCGACAAGACUGACACUCCAGGACCUGUGACGGCAGCAGAGCUAGCGGCUAUCCUGCGGGCAAUGGAUGAUAGGUACAGACCUCUAUUCGAUGCUAUUAGUAAACAAGCAGAAAGCUCAAGAGCAGAACCAGAGGUCAAGGAAGAGAUACAUCCUCUGCAACUUCCUCUUGUGAAGCUGGAGGGAUCCGAGACUUAUGCAAGUUGGGCGGAGCACGCAGAAACCAUCCUAAUUUCUAGGAAACUUGAGGGUUACAUCUCAGGUACAGUUGAGAAGCCUGCUGAAGAGAAUUCGAAGGAGGGACAAAGGUGGAAGAUGACAAAUGCACUCGUGAGAGCCUGGUUGUUAAGUUCCCUCUCACCUCAAAUAGCAAAACAAGUUGAGAGAAUUAAGGAGGCUUCAGAAAUUUGGAGGCUCUUGAAAGGCACCUUCUCAGGAGUUGGUAAUGAGAUGCUUGCUUGCAGAAUACAGAAGGAGUUACAGCAGGUCAGUCAAGGAGAGAGGACAGUAGUGGAGUAUGUCUCAGAAUUAAAAAGGUUGUGGAGUGACCUAGAUUAUUAUGAUCACGUUGACUUGGAGUGUGGAAAAUGCCUGGAGAAGUAUAAUCAAUGGACAGAAAGAAAGCGAGUGAGGGAUUUCUUGAAUGGACUUAACCAAAAAUUUGAGAACAGGAGGGCAGCACUCUAUGGAAUCGGGAAGCUACCUAACUUGGAACAAGCAAUUUCUGCAAUCAUAAGUGAAGAGACACGCCUACGAUUAGAGGCAACUGAGCUGGGUACGCAAGGAGUGGCACAUAGGCGUUCCGCUUUGUUCGCUGUGGAGAACAAUGCUUAUCAACGGCCAGGGACAAAUGGAUUUGAAAGAACAUGUUUUGAGUGUGGUCAGCCUAGACAUUUGAGGGCCUCUUGUCCUGAAUUGAAUGGAGGUGGCCGGGCUAGAGGUCAGAAUUGGCGUGGUAGGGGUCGUGGCCGCAUGUUUGGUGGACGUCGAGGUGGCCACGAACGAGGUAUGUGGCUAGUAGGGAGAGCCAAUACCUCAGCUACCACAGAGGAAGCCGCCACAAAAACAGUGACUGUGGAGAUGACUGCAGAGGACCUAGAAAGAUGGAGUCAGCUCAAGGGAAUGAAUCAAAGUGACAAACAAACAGCCGAAGCAUUUACUCCUUCAACUUCCACGACUUCUGCUAAUUUUGGCGGAACUUGGGACUGGAAGAAAGCUUGGGAUGGGGAGCAUGCAUAAUGGGCUGUACUACUUGGACAACAAUACAUCACCAUUUGUAGCUGCUGCCCUAGCUCACAAUCUAUUAGAGGAAUGUCUACUGCAACAUCGUCGACUAGGGCAUAUGCCCUUUGGUAUUUUGGGUCAACUCUAUCCUGACCUUUUUAGUAAAGUUAGCAAGGAAAAGUUGUUGUGUGAUGCUUGUCAGUAUGGGAAACAAACCCGAAGUUCUUAUGUAUCAUCAGACAAUCGUAGUAGUGUGCCACUUCAAACUAUCCACUCAGAUGUGUGGGGCCCAAGUGGAGUAGUAUCAAUUAAUGGUUAUCGUUAUUU